AUGCGGGGCGCCACGGCCGAAAAAAUGAAGUCCAGUGAGAAAUCUGCUGGCCACAAUAGCAACCCGAUUAAAUCUUCCAGGUCAACUUCGAAACGGAAUGAUUUUGACCUGAAAAAGAGGGAAGAUGAGGAACGCACUAAACAGGUUUUCGAGGAGUUCGUCGCUACUUUUGAGGAGCCUUCAAAAUCUCGUGCUUGGGUUAAAGGUGGUGUUGUUAACCCGGCAUCAGGGUCUUCUGAAGAUCCGAAAGGGAGUGGUCGUAUCUAUAGGCCUGUUUCAAAACUUGAAAGGAAAUCUGGCAAGACUGAAGAACCGAACAGAACAGAUUCAAAAAAGCCUUCAGAGAAACCGCCAGCUAUUGGUAAGCGGAAAGGACAAGAACAAAAAAAGUCUAAGUUAGAGCAAUUUAAGGAGGAGCUUAAAUUGAUCCAACAACAGAGAGAACAAAGGCAUGCAUUGAGACAGGGAAGGAACCAGUCUUCUACUCAGUCUGAAUUGGAUCUUUCGGAUGUGGGAGUUCGUAACCGGGAUUAUCGUAAGGGUUGUUCAAAUUCUCAGACUGGAGAUAUGGGAAUGGGUUCACACGGUAACACAGCUCCUCCGAGCUUUUAUUCGAAGCGAAGUCAAAGUGACCGGCACGAUGUCGAUUAUCCAUAUGAUUACGAUGGUGACAGAACGACUACUAACUUAUUUCUUGGGAAUCUUAACCCUAAGAUGACUGAGCAACAGUUGUGUGAAGCAUUUGGUCGUUAUGGUCCACUGGCAAGCGUCAAGAUCAUGUGGCCCAGAACAGAGGAAGAGCGUUCAAGGGGCCGAAACUGUGGAUUCGUUGCUUUCAUGAAUCGAAAAGAUGGCGAAAGGGCUCUUGACAAUAUCAGAGGGAAAGAACUCAUGGGUUUUGAGAUGAAAUUAGGAUGGGGAAAAAGUGUCCCAAUACCUCUGUAUCCAGUUUACAUUCCUCCUGCACUUCUUGAGUUGGUCAAACCUCCUCCUCCAAGUGGAUUACCAUUCAACGCCCAACCAAGGGAGUGGUUGAAAUCAUUUCGUUUGGCCAUAAAAGAGCGCGCUAAACUUGUAACUGAUGGUGUGGAUAGUGACAGUGCACCACCACCUCCAGCUCCAGACAGGAAGCCAUUCGAUGUCAACAAGAUGUCAAACGAGGAACUCACUGAGGUCCUUCGUGACGCAGUGGUUAAGGUCGUUAUGCCAAGCGACAGAUCCAUACUUGCUCUGAUCCAUCGCAUGAUUGAAUUUGUCGUUCUCGAAGGUCCUAGAUUUGAGGCUGCGAUUAUGCAUCGGGAAGCGAAUAACCCCAUGUUUAAAUUUCUUUUUGACUAUCAAUCUUCGGAGCAUGUUUACUAUCGCUGGAGGUUAUGGUCUAUUCUACAUGGUGAAAGUGUAACCAAAUGGCGUACGGAGGAAUUUCGGAUGUUUGAAGGCGGUCCACUUUGGCGUCCGCCUCCUGUGAACUUAUUCUCAGGUGGCAUGCCUGACGAUCUUGUUGAAGAGGAUGAUUAUCCUUAUGCACCAGGAUAUGUUCCACCGCCUCCAGGGAGACGACGUGAAUCUGAAGACCUACAAGAAGAAAUUCGUUUGGAAGCUGCUGCUGCAUCACGUCGUUGUGGUUUGACAGAGGCACAACGUGGUCGCUUUACUCAAAUGCUAGAAGAUCUUGAACCUUGUCGUAUUAAGAUCGGCGAGGUCAUGGUUUGGUGUUUGGAACACGCUGAUUCCGCUUCUGACAUUGCUUCGUGUAUAGUCGAUUCUGUUGCUUCAAAUGUGAAUUCACUUCCAAACCCGGAGAAAGAAACAACUUCAGAUGAAAAUCCUAUUCUAGACUCGAAUGCCAACCGGGACUCACCAGAUCGGGAAAAAUCACAGUCAAUAAGCAUAAAUAAAUUGGUUGCUCGUUUAUUCUUAGCUUCCGACAUAUUAUAUAAUUCCUCAGCUAAGGUUCCAAACGCUUCUUUCUUCCGAAAAUGUUUCGAAACCUGUUUGCCAGAUAUGCAAAUUAAAGCUGAGCAGUUGAAGCAAAAGGUGAUGCUUUGUUUCCGUGCCUGGGAGGAUUGGGCUGUAUAUCCUAAUGAAUUCCUUAUCAAAUUACAGAAUAUUUUCCUUGGGCUUGUAUGUGAGGCUAUCGAUGAUGAAGCUGAUCUCGCUGGUGUCCCGUUAAAUUUAGACGAAGAUGAGCAGAAUCUAAACUCCACUAAAAAAGUUGGAUUCCUAAACCCAGAUGUAGAAGUUUUGGAAAGCCAACCUCUAGUUCAGUAUGAUGGUGAUCCAUUGGAUGUUGAUGGAAGUCCUUUGGAUAAUGAAGAAUAUCGAUCGCCAUCACCAAUUCGAUCUAAGGCAUCUCAUCUUAUUCCGGCUCCAGUAGAAGAUGAAACAAAACCAUCGGGAAAUACUUCUGGUCGUCUAUUUGUUCCAAGCAAAUGGGAAACUGUUGAAACGAUUGAACCGGAGACGACGACAUCUACGAGUAUUUGGGAACUGACUACAAUUACAGAUACACAAAAUGAUCAGCUUAGCUCUAAGUCCAGAGAUACAGUUCAACACACUCCCAGUCGUCAUCAAAAACAAACUAAUGGGGCGUUUUAUCCUUCUGAGGAGGUAAAUGGGAUUCCACUGGACACAAGCCGAUGGAGCAAUAAUAACCCUACCAAUAAAGUAGAUGAUGAAGAUGUGGACGGAGAGCCACUACCAGUUUUCGGUGGACUGGUGGCAUAUGAUGACGAAGAUGUCGCCAGUCCAAUUGCUAGUGAAUCCAGUCUUUCACCUACAGUUCCUGUACAGGUCUCUCAGACACCAUGUCAACUGUUACGACUACUGCAAGUCAUAGCGACGUGCUAUCCUAAGGAAGUUGAACUUAAAGUACUGAAAUAUCAAGAUGAAUUGGAGGCAAGUCGUAAGGGCGACAAAACAAUCACAGAUGAAGCUAUAAAUAAACAAAUUCAGCGUUACAGAGAGCGUCUUUGGAAAGCUUAA